AUGGCAGCAAAUACCACCAUAUCCGAUAUCCUCAAAGGCGCAACCACCCUAGACUUGACCCCUUACGAAGAUCUGUACAAAUAUUUCCACGCUCACCCCGAGCUCUCGCUACAAGAAAAAGCAACAUCCAAAAAAAUAGCUUCCCAUCUAUCCCAAUGGAACAAAUAUGAUAUCCACACAAACAUCGGCGGCUACGGUCUAGUGGGUAUUCUCAAGAAUGGACCAGGAAAAACAAUCCUCUUACGCGCGGAUAUGGAUGCCCUCCCCGUGAAAGAAAUUACUGGAUUACCCUACGCCAGCAGCGUGAUGAUGCCCGACGCAGAUGGAAAUGAGAAACCCGUUAUGCACGCUUGCGGUCACGAUAUGCAUAUUACAUGUCUUCUUGCUGCGGCUGAGAUUCUGGCUAAGAACACAGAGAUCUGGUCUGGAACUUUGAUAGUUCUCUUUCAACCGAAUGAGGAGCGAGGAGGAGGCGCACAGGCAAUGGUUGAUGAUGGACUUUACGAUAAGGUCCCUGUACCGGAUUAUUGUUUCGGUCAACAUGUUAUGCGUCUUAGAGGUGGGAGUAUUGGGUUACGAAGUGGGACUAUUAUGGCUGCGGCGGAUAGUAUGAAAGUUACUGUUUUUGGAAGGGGAGGACAUGGUUCAUUACCGCAUCAAACUGUUGAUCCUGCUUUAUUAGCUGCGCAUAUCGUGGUGAGAUUACAGGGUAUAGUUAGUCGGGAGAUUGAUCCUUCUGAUCUGGGCGUUGUGACAGUUGGAAGUUUACAGGUUGGACAGACUGAGAAUGUUAUUUCUGAUCGGGCGGAGAUCGGUUUGGAUUUUCGAACUGUUAAGCUUGAAACGAGGGAGAAGAUUAUUUCGUCUAUUAGACGCAUUGUUGAGGCGGAGUGUGUGGCUAGUGGGAGUCCUAGGCCGCCGGUCUUUUUGCCUACGAGACGUUUUCCCCCUACGGAUAAUGAUAUCAAUGCUACUGGGCUGUUGAGGGAGGCGUUUGGGGGGCAUUUUGAGGAUUUUGAUCCUGACACUCCUAGGAGUAAUGUUAGUGAAGACUUUUCAACAUUGGGGCUUUGUAGAGGGAUUCCGUGUGGGUUUUGGUUUUUGGGGGGUAUCGACCAGGGUCUUUGGGAUAGGGUGCAUGGGGAUGAGGGUUCUGGGGAGGAGAUUGCUGGGAAUCAUUCGGCGCUUUUUGCGCCUGUUAUUCAGCCUACUAUGAGGUCUGGUGUGGAUGCUCUUUGUCUUGCGGCGUUGACAUUUUUGAAGAAGUGA